AAAUACAGAACUGUGUCAGCAAAGCAUUAGAGAAAAAUAAAGUGAUCACGUCUACAGGGCUGCAGACAAGAAAUGAAACACUUCUGCAUAAGACUUUUCUUGUUUUUCUUCCUCGCCAAAGGACUGGUGGUGCCAGCAGAAUGUGUGACUGGAUCACUGAAUGGAAUAGUCAUGUUACCUUGUACAUAUUCUGCCCAGAAAACCACAAUGUGCUGGGGACUGGGUCGCUGCCCAACGUAUGGCUGUAAUAGUGAGAUUAUCAAGACUGAUGGCGAAAAAGUGACCUGGAGUAAAUCUAACAAAUACCAGUUACUGGGACACAUAGCUAAGGGGAAUGUGUCCCUGACCAUCACUGGGGCCACUAAAGAAGAUGAAGGAACUUACUGCUGCCGCGUGGCGAUCCAUGGACCUUUUAAUGAUCUGAAAAUAGAGAGAAUAUUAAAGAUACAGGAGGCAGCUCCGAGUCAUCCUGAACCCCCCGACCAGCCACGUCUCACUACUCACCGCAUUGACUCUCCUUAUGUGACCCCAAAGACAACCUCUACUGACCCCGUUCCCUCCACUGUGAAGCAAGAAAGUCAGGAUACCAAAAUUGAAGACACCAUAACAGUGGAUAACAAGCUUCAUCAUAUUAUCGCCACCGUUGUCAUACUUAUCAUUGUUCUGCUUUCAUUGGCUGCGCUGUUAUUUAGUUACAGACAUCGUAAAAGGAAAAACAAAGACACGGCUAAGGGUCUGGCCGUCUUAUCCCUGGAGGGUCUGGAGAGAACACAGGACCAAACCGAGCAAAAUAUUUAUACAAUAAAUUAACUUUUAUUAAUCUGUCAUAUUAAAAUAUUGUCCCAAAUUAA